ACGAGAUCUGAGAUCACUUGAUGUAUUUGACGGAGCUGAAAUAAUUCAUUUCAAUCGGCUGUGCCUGCAAAAAGAUAUCAAAACUUGUAAUAAUAACUUAAUUAAUUUUCACUGUAGCCGUGUUUCAUACGAGAAGUGAUGCAACUUUUGUUAUUUAAUUAUUUAUUUUUCCAGUCUCUUAAAUAUGGUUUUUCAAAAGUACAGAAGGAACUACUAACAUCCAAAGAAUGUUACUUUUGUCCUGCAAUAUGGUUUUAAACAGAACUGUUCAUCAGGCACUAAUAAAACGCUUGUGUUACUCUAAUAGAAGAACAUAUUCUGUAAUUAGAUAUCUUUUACAACAUAAUUCUCAGAAGUAUCCGGAAAAUGCAAGAUGUCUACCUUAUCAAUUUAAUUGCAGAUCAUUUCAUGUAUCUCAUCACAGUCUUUCUAGAGCAGAUCUGUAUAAAGUAUUAGGUGUGUCAAGGAAUGCUAGUCAAAAUGAAAUAAAGAAGGCUUAUUACCAGCUUGCUAAGAAAUAUCAUCCGGAUACCAAUAAGAAUGAUCCAGAAGCUGCAAAAAAAUUUCAAGAAGUUUCUGCUGCAUAUGAAGUUCUUGGGGAUGACAGUAAGAGAAAAGAAUAUGAUCAAUGGGGCACACAGGCUGAAUUUGGUGGUCAGAGACCUUCAGAAGAUGAAUUUCAUUUUCAUUCUUCAAUUGACCCGGAAGAUUUAUUUCGCAGAAUUUUCGGAGACUUAAAAUUUCGGCCCAAAAUGUCAGAUUUUGAUUAUGCUGACAGUAAUUUUGGACAUGGUGCUUCUGAACAAAUUAUUUUAGAUCUAGAAUUCCAUGAAGCUGCACAAGGUGCUGAAAAACAUACCCGAGUGAAUGUUGUUGAUACAUGUCCUCAGUGCAAAGGCACCUGUUGUCUUCCAGGAACAAAACUAGUGCGUUGUGAUCAUUGUAAUGCAACUGGAAUGGAAACUGUUUCUACAGGCCCUUUUAUAUUGAAAACAACAUGUCGUAAAUGUAAUGGUUCUGGGAUGUACAAUAGGUUUCCGUGUGUUAAAUGUGCAGGGACAGGAUCUGCCGUUCAACAGAAAUUAUUAAGAAUCAAUGUUCCACCAGGUGUGGAAGAUGGACAGACCGUGAGAGUCAAGACUGGUACUCAGGAAGUAUUUAUUACAUUUAGAGUUCAAGAAAGUAAAUACUUUCGGCGUGAAGGCUUUGAUAUUCAUACUGAUGCAUCUAUAAGUCUUUCUCAAGCUGUUUUUGGAGGAGAAAUUAAGAUUCAAGGUCUGCAAGGAGAAUUAUCAUUAAAGAUUCCUGCCGGCACUCCUUCACAUCAAACAUUUCGAUUUGCUGGAAAAGGAAUAAAAAAAUCAAGUGGAUUUGGCAGUGGGGAUCAUCACAUUCAUAUAAAAAUUGAUAUACCAAAAAAACUCAGUGGUGUUCAGUAUGACUUAAUGAAAGCCUAUGCUGAGCUAGAAACUAAUACACCUGGCACCAUUGAUGGAAUCUCUUCCAAAAAUGAAAAGUCGGGAUUUGCAGGCAAGAGUGAGACUGAGAAAAAAGGUUUCUUAGAAAAACUUAAGACAGCUAUUUUUGGUUAAUGUAAAUUAAUGAUUAGGAAGUUCUGAUAAAUGUAACAAAUAAAACUUUU